AUGGCACGACUCUUCGGCAAGGGCGAUGAGAAGCAGGUUGAUAUGAGGACCACCGACGACCCUCGUGCCGCCGACGAGCUCGACACCGGUGUCAUCGACGAGGCCCACGAUGAUCUCCAUCGCGAGAUGAAGCCGCGCCAGCUGAGUCUCAUUCUCGGAACCGGCGGUGCCCUGAGGAACGGCGGUCCGGCGUCGCUGCUGCUCGCCUACUUGCUCAUGGGAUAUGUCGUCUACGUCGUCAUGGUCGCUCUCGGCGAGAUGGGCGCCUGGCUGCCGCACAAGAAGGCUUUCUCCGGAUAUGCGUCACGUUUUGUCGAUCCUGCCAUGGGAUUCGCAACCGGCUGGAAUUACUUCUUCAAAUACGUCAUCGUACUUCCCAACAACCUGACUGCUAGCGGUAUCAUCCUACAGUUUUGGAGACCUGACAUCAACGUGUCCGUGUGGAUUGUGGUCUUUGGCGUAGCCAUCGUAGCGCUCAACCUCAUCCACGUCAGCUUCUUUGGCGAGGCCGAGUUCUGGAUGUCCCUGGUCAAGGCCCUCGUCAUCGCCAUGCUGAUCCUCAUCUGCUUCAUCGUCGCCCUCGGCGGCGGCCCCAACCACCACCGCACCGGCUUCUGGUACUGGAAGGACCCCGGCGCGUUCGCCCCCUACCUGCUGCCCGAGCAGCCCUCCCUCGCCAAGUUCCUCGGCUUCUGGGCCUCGGUCGUCCAGGCCACCUUUGCCUACCUCGGCACCGAGCUCGUCGGCGUCGCCUUUGGCGAGACGCCCAACCCGCGCAAGAACGUGCCCCGCGCCGUCAACCAGACCCUGCUCCGCAUCGUCCUCUUCUACCUCGGCGGCGUCAUCGUGCUCGGCAUGGCCGUCCCCUACAACGACCCGGACCUCAAGGUCGCCGCCUCGUCCAAAGCCAGCGGCGCCGCCUCGCCCUUUGUCAUCGCCGCCAAGAACGCCGGCAUCGCGCGCCUCGCCGACGCCGUCAACGGCCUGCUGCUCGUCUUCACCGUCUCGGCCGCCAACUCGGACAUCUACCUCGCCUCGCGCUCCGUCUGGGCCCUCGCCAAGGACCGCCAGGCCCCGCAGCUCUUCCACCGCACCAACAAGCGCGGCGUGCCCAUCCCCGCCGUCGUGCUGUCCUCGAUCUUCAUCGUCCUCGGCUUCAUGAACGCCACCAAGGGCUCCGACACCGUCUUCGGCUACUUCGUCUCGCUCGUCACCGUCUUCGGCGCGCUCAACUGGGUCAGCGUGCUGGUCAGCUACAUCUGCAUGCAGCGCGGCAUGAAGGCCCAGGGCAUCAAGCGCUCGACGCUGCCCUACCGCAACUUCCUGCUGCCCUGGAGCGCCUAUAUCGCCCUGCCCAUCACCAUCCUCGUCAUCCUGUUCAACGGCUUCGCCGCCUUCAUCCCCACCUUCAAGGUCGACAAGUUCAUCACCGCCUACAUCGGCAUUCCCGUCUAUCUCCUCAACAUCUUUUGGUGGAAGAUCUUCAAGAAGACCAAGAUGGUCAAGCCCGAGGAGAUGGACCUGCAGACCAACAGGAGGGACGAGUAA